AUGUCAGGAAAAAGACACAUUUUAAUUGGUAUUACUGGAUCAGUUGCUGCAAUUAAAGUACCUGAGAUAAUUGAUGGUUUGAUCGAGUUGGUAAAUAAAAAUCAGAACUCUGUCCUGAUAAAAGUAGUAAGAACUAUUACUGCCAAGGAAUACUUUUUUGGCUUUGAUUCCUGCGACAAGUUUGAGGUUGUAGACGAUAUUCUUCCAGAACGUGCAUAUAACCGAUCAGAUCCCAUUCUACACAUUGAGUUACGUCGAUGGGCUGAUAUUUUUGUAAUUUGUCCAUUGGAUGCGAACACAUUGGCAAAAAUUUCCAAUGGGUUAUGUGAUAGUCUACUGACUGAUAUAGCAAGGUCUUGGGAUAUGAGAAAGCCGUUUUUGGUCUAUCCUUGUAUGAAUACCUUUAUGUACGAACACCAAAUCACCGACAAACAAAUAUCUAUUUUACAAUCCUUUGGCAUAAAAGUGGUACCGCCAAUUGCGAAAUUGCUAGCUUGUGGAGACUACGUAUACUAUUUGAACAUGGGUGGACAGAGUAGCAAAGUAGAUGAAAAACUGCGCGAAAACAAGCGCCAGAUAAAUAGGACAAUCCGAGAGCUAGAUCGACAGAGGAUGGCCGCGGAGAGAGAAGAACAAGUCACCAUAAGUAAGCUAAAAAACGAGGCAAAAAUGGGAAGAACAAAAAAUGUGAAGAUAAUGGCCAAGGAUAUCGUAAGAAAUCGGAAAUUAGCAAGUCAUUAUUAUCAUAUGAAAUCUCAAAUGGUCGGUAUAUUAUCUCAGCUACAAUCUGCACAUAGCACAAAUAUGCUUGCGGCUAACUUGAAAAAUGUCAACAAACUCAUGGCUCAAGUUAGCAGCAAGACAAACGCUGUUGAAUUCCAAAAAAUUAUGCAAGGAAUUAAUCGCGAAAGUGAAAUUUUGAACCUCAAGAUGGAUAUGAUGUCCGAAGCGGUAGAUGACUCCCUCAUGGGUAUAACACCUCUAUAUGUUGUUCAUUUCAUAAUUACAGACCCAGAGGGUACAGAGGAAGAAGAAUUGAUCGUAAGCCAGAUCCUGGAAGAGCUUGGUAUUGAUGCCACGGCUACACUAAACACCGCUACUUGUCCCGUUAGCAGUUCAGGUGUAAAAGGUAUGGCACAUAUAGAAAUAGAAGGACAUGGCCAAAAGUACACAAACGCUGAUGAUACACUAGAAGAUCGUAUAAACAAUCUGAAGAAGUGA